AGGAAAAAAAAAACAAAACUCCGUACAGGUCAGACAAUUUUUUUUCUGGAUUUUUUUCGACCUGCGGUUGUUUGGAUCCACAGACGGGGAGGGUGGACUGCACGCGCGUCCCAUUCUCUCCAGGGGCAGGUCUUGACAAGGGGAUCGGGAUGAGCUUUCAGGGAGGAUUCAAACACCCGGAAAUUACACAGACUCGUUCUGUGAUGCACGAAGGAACGUAUUCAAACUUUCUUGGUCUUUCAAAGUACCUGCUCCAUACCUGCUCCCAAAAGGAGUGAACAAUCAUUGCUGUAAAAAAAAUCUUCCUUUUCUAAAAAAGUUCCCGAAUCGCAUGUUAACAGUGGAAUUUCCGGGGCCUUCUGGUUAGUAUUCUAAUCCUCAGGCUCUCCGCAGUGAACCUGUUGCCAGGCAGCUGGAAGCGCAGUGUUCGGAAGGGCGCGGAAGCGCGAGUCUGACCGCGACGCGGACUUGCCCCGGUUUCGAGGGCGCCCUUGCGGCUCCGUCUCCGCGUAUCCCAGCCAGUCGCGCAGCUUUGGGCAGGCUAACUCCAUCUCCGCCGCACGCACAGCGGAAGCCAAACGUAACCUGCCGGCGAGGAAGGGCCCAUCCCCCACUCCCGAAGGCGGCAGCUGAGUGGGCGACCUGCUAGUCCCAGCGUCCCCGCCCCGUCCCCCGUGCCUCUGGCCUGCCACCUCAUAUCCCGGUGACACCCCACACCCCAGUCAAGCUCCCUCAGUGCCCAUUCCUCUCGAGCUCCUCGCCAGGCUCCCGGGAGCCCGAACCCAGCCACUGACUAAGGACGAACCGCCUCCAGGGGACGGUGGCCGACACGUGACCAACGCAAAAAAGCCGUAGUUGUGUGGGUCCUCCUGGCAGCUACAGCCGGCGCCUACGAGUACGCAUGCGUGAGACAGGCGCUCCCCUCCCAGCGACCGUUUCCAAGUGGAUCUGCGCAUGCGCCAUGUAACGUCCUAUGGCCCAAGGAAGGAGGGACUGCCGCCAGAGGUGCCAAAGCGCUUGCGCAAUAGGUGGAGGCGGGCGUUUGUUUCCUCCCUUUUUUUCGAAUAGGAUUUGAGGGGUAGAUUCGAGUUACAAAAUGGCCGCCUGGAGCCUGUUCGCUGCUGACUCGCCGGCGCUCUCGGAGUGAGUGGACGUGUCUUCCGCCCAGUGGUGACCACACAAGAGAAGCGGCCCCCGGGGGACAUGGUGUUUGAGACGCCAGGCUUGCUGACCACGAAAUCCUUCGAGGCUCCCAGCGCACCGGAAGCGACCCGCCGCCGCUUCGGACGCGAUCACCGCCUGGGCCCUGCUCGUCGCCGCGCCCACGACCCAGCGAGAGCCGCGGCGGCCGCCGGAGCGGUUCCUUCGCUACAAAUGGCCCCACUGCCAUGGUUGAUAGAAAGAUUGCAAAUCCCAAAACUAACGGCGACAGCCAGCAACGCUCCUCCUCCGGCCUUGCUUCCAGCCAGGCCUGCCUCGGGGACACCUAUCACAAGCAGCUGGCGGCCUUGAACUGCUCCGUGCGGGACUGGAUCGUGCAGCACGUGGAUGCGAACCCCGUCUGCGACCUCACCCCUGUCUUUAAAGACUAUGAGAACUACUUAGCCACUAUUGGGCAGCAGAGUAAGAACCAGGACAGCAGCAGUUCUGAAAGUGAAACGAGCAGGAUGAUAGUGGAAACACAGCCUCCUCUAUUUGCUUCAACCAAGCUGCAGCAGGAGUCUACUUUUUUGUUUAGUAGCAGCAAAACUGAAGACGCUUCUGAAAAGAAGAUGGAGGUAGUGUCUGAGAAGAAGGUGGACCCAGCACAGGGAGCAACAAGUGCCUCGUUCAGUUUCGGCAAGAAAAUCGAUAGCUCGGUUUUGGGCUCAAGCUCUGGCCCCCCGGCUGGAUUUUCGUUUUCCCCUGGAAACUCCAGUUUAUUCGGCAAAGACCUCACCCAGAGUAAACCAGUUUCCUCGCCAUUUUCUGCUAAAACGUUGGCGAGCCAAGCAGAAGGCAGUAACGAGUGCAAAGGUGGAGACGAAGAAGAAAAUGAGGAGCCGCCCAAGGUAGUGGUUACCGAGGUGAAGGAGGAGGAUGCCUUCUACUCUAAGAAGUGUAAGCUAUUUUACAAGAAAGAUAAUGAAUUUAAAGAGAAGGGUGUGGGUACCCUGCAUUUAAAACCUAUGGCAAAUCAGAAGACACAGCUCUUAGUGCGGGCCGAUACCAAUUUAGGCAACAUACUGCUGAAUGUCCUCAUCCCACCCAACAUGCCGUGCACACGGACGGGGAAGAACAACGUCCUGAUCGUGUGUGUCCCUAACCCGCCCCUGGAUGAGAAGAGCGCCAGUGCCCCCACCACCAUGUUAAUCCGGGUGAAAACCAGCGAGGAUGCGGAUGAGUUGCACAAAAUUUUACUGGAGAAAAAGGAAGCCUGAAGACGCCAAGUCACCUGAGGGAUUAUUGCCAAGUUGCUGCUUCUCCCACCGCCCCUAAAGCUUUUUCUUCUCUUUGACCUUCUAAGAACUUCUAGAUAAUUUAAAACUUUCUUGAGGAAGAUUAGGCCAAUAAAACCUUUCCAUGUUAAGUGUCAAGAGACUGUCUUCUCCCUUCUUCAGAACUGUCUAAAGUGCAAAAUACGUUUGAGUGAAAGGUUUUUGGAAGAUUUUUUAAUGUUCACUUGUUUGUUAAACUAACCCUAAGUGAUCUCUUAAUGGACUGCAAUCAGGGUAUCGAUGAGCUCUCCCAAAGGCUGUGCGACCCGUGGGUUCCGUCUGCGCUGCCCACACACGAGGCCUUCCCGUCUCGGCGGCCGCCAGGAAGAAAGCCAGGCUCUCCGCUCCCAUGGGCUUCCCCAAUCUCGGCGACCAGCGCUCGUACCAAAUGAACCAUGCCGCCACGCUGUGACCGAGACUCUUGUCCUUGCGUUUCUUUGUUCUGUUCCCGCUCGCGCUCCAAGGUGGGGACUGGUGUGCAGUGCGGCGUUGGGCGUGAGCCUCUCCUCUGCAGACACUGGCCUUUAACCCUGUGAGCUGCUUUACUGUAAUUCAGGAACUGCCUUUUCAUUUUAGAAGGAAGUGCAUCGCUUGUGAAGGAGUUCUUGAGUUUUGUAGGUUGGGUUUUGUAGUUUCUAUUUAUGAGGUGCUGUUACUUCUUCAUCCCCCUGGAGAAGGGGAUCGCCAGGAAUGGGUUUAAAAGCACAAAUUUUGAUCAUUUCUAGACCAUGGACAGUAAACCCUUAUGGAGAAAGAAGAGCGAGCGUGAGAACAUACUUCAGAGGACGCUGUGCUGGUGUCGUUAGUUGCAGAUGAACCUUAUGGAUGUAAAAGCUACAUAGGCGCUUGACCCCGCGGGCUGUGGGAGCUCACGAGGCUCCGUGGAGUAAGGAGUGGAAGGGGAAGUUGCGUGUGCGUUUUGCCUUUAAAUUGAGACAACAGGGUGUUACACACUUGCUGUCUGAAGCACCAUUUCUUAAAGGCCUAGGUGUUCCGCUUGGAAGGAAGCCAUGGUUAUGCAGAACAUCCUUGUCCCUUCCCAGGAGCUGUCAGGUGGCUGAUAGCACCUCCUGUGGAGACUGGCAUCCGAGUGAGAUGCAGGAGCUCAUGACCGAGUUCGUGCUUUGUGCCCCAUGAAUCUUGUUGCCUUGGUAGCAGACGAGCUCACCAGUGCCCAGCGGCUUGCUCUUGUGUCUGCUCGUGUCGGUCUGUCCUGGGUGGGACUUCAGUUGAAGACUGGGUGGUGCAGGUGCAGCCCUCAGGUGCGAAGUGUCCAGGGCCCAUAAGUACCUGCGGUUCAGUGGUGGGCCAGCAUUGAUCAGAAGAUCUGCGCACACUCGUGUACUAAGCAGUUUCUGUUUCCAGGGGGAGAAAUUGGCCCGUGUAUGACUUUGGAGAAAUAAAUGCGAGAGAGUUGUGCUUGU